AUGGAUCCAUCGAAGCGCAUAUGCCUGAAGAAUAUCCCACCCGAAUGCACAAAACGUGAGAUUGCGGAGUUCAUCCGCAAUCGCACCGGAGGCCAACCACACAGCAUUGACCUCGGGCUUGACAGCAACGGCCGUGUGCGCCGCUACGCACAUUUCUCAGUUGAAGGGGCGAAAAAUGUCGUCUCAGCACUCACGGGGGCCACGUGGAAAGGUGUCACAGUGAGUGCACUCCACGCCAAUCCUCAUUAUACCUACCGUCUGGCCGAGUCACGACGGCGGCGCGAGCACUUGGAAUCAGAGGAGAAGCAACAGAGAGAAGAAUUAUUGAGGAGAAAAACGGAGCGAUGGCUUGCGAAGACGGGUGGUGAAUUACCAAAGGGAAGGCCACCAAAACCUUUUUUCGCGUCGAGACAACGUUACGCAGAGGUGGCCUCUGAAAUAGCGAAAAAGAGCAGAGAAGAACACAGGGCAAAGCGCUUGCAGGGUCGUAUGCAACAAACUGUCGGAGGCCCCAGUCGACGGUGGGCUAGAGAGAGUCUAAUAGAUAAAGCAACGAGUGGACCAGUGCAACCCGGGGUGUCCUUUUCUAAUUAUUUGCGAAGCAGUUCGCAUUGUGAGCACGAGGGUGGAAGUACAGACCCCAACUCAAGGGUUCUAAAACGUCAGAAGACGGAACGUGCGGGAAACCCGGCCAUGAAACCGGUUCAGCAGCAGGAAACACCGCAGACAGUCGGACCCACAAGGGAAGAAAGGAAAUUGAGUGGUCUAAAGGCGAAACUGGAGGCGUUACGCGCCAAAAUGAAGUAA